GGACUGAGGCCAGCGUGCAAUGGUCACCCAGCACGGGAAGCCCAUGUUUACCAAGGUGUGUACGGAAGGCAGACUGAUCUGGGAGUUCACCUUUGAUGAUCUCAUGAGAAUAAAAACGUGGCACUUUACCAUUAGACAAUACAGAGAGUUAGUCCCAAGAAGCAUUCUUGCCAUGCAUGCACAAGGUCCUCAGGUCCUGGAUCAGCUGUCCAAAAACAUCACCAGGACGGGGCUAACAGAUUUCACCGUCAACUACCUCAGGUUGUGUGUAAUACUGGAGCCAAUGCAGGAACUGAUGUCCAGACAUAAAACUUACAACCUCAGUCCACCAGACUGCCUGAAGACCUGCUUGUUUCAGAAGUGGCAGCGGAUGGUGGAGCCGCCAGAACCCACAAGGCAACCGACAACGAAACAGACAAAAAGAAAAAAUUCCACCAGCAGCACCUCCAGCAGCGGCACUGGGAACACUGCCAACAGCACGGGCGGCAAGAAGAAGACGCCAGCUGCCAACCUGAGUCUGUCCAGUCAGGAUGUGAUGGUGGUAGGAGAGCCAGCUCUGAUGGGAGGUGAGUUUGGGGACGAGGACGAAAGGCUAAUCACUAGAUUAGAAAACACGCAGUAUGAUGCAGCCCACGGCAUGGACGACGAGGAAGACUUCACCAGUUCACCCGCCCUGGGGAACUGCAGCCCAUGGAACAGUAAACCUCCCACCACUCAAGAGACCAAAUCAGAAAACCCCCCACCCCAAGCUUCCCAGUAAGAUUGACCAGCUCCAGAAUCCACUGUCAAU